UCUUAUUGCAGCGUAGAAUUAUUUCACUAUGUUUGACGCUAAAUGAAACUUGAAUUGGGAAACGUUCUAAAAUUUCUUAGGGUCAGGUGGGCUGAGUGGCCAUAGACCUUAAGAAAAAUAUAACAAUACAUGUUACAAUUUGAGGUACUCAUCUGAAAAGCGUUAUUCGUGUAUCUCUAAUUAGGGGGCUGUGUUCUCUUUUCAUUUGUAUCAUUUGUAGUGUUGUAACUCUUUAAAAUGUCCAGUGAAUACUGCAUUCCAGACCUGAUCGCUAAAAAGAGGGAUGGCGAUGAACUAAGCGAGGAAGAGAUACAUCAUUUCGUGAAGGCUUCGUACUCGUCGAAUGGUGCGUCCGAGAGCCAGAUCGGCGCGAUGCUCAUGGCUAUGUAUUUAAAGGGACUGAACCGGGAAGAAACGGUAAGCCUUACGAAAGCGAUGCUUUCGUCGGGCAGUUCUCUGACGUGGCCUAAAGAGUGGCAAGGAAGUGUGGCAGAUAAGCAUUCAACAGGAGGAGUGGGGGAUAAAGUGAGUUUAGCGCUCGCACCCGCGUUGGCUGUGUGUGGAGUGAAGGUGCCGAUGAUUUCUGGUCGAGGCCUUGGUCAUACUGGAGGAACUCUAGACAAGUUAGAGUCAAUACCAGGAUUUCAAGUGACUCUAGACGCCAAGCAGAUGUGUGAUGUGCUGGCUAAAGUCGGCUGCUGUAUUGUUGGACAGACGGAGUCGGUGGUUCCUGCUGAUCGCGUUUUGUACCGUAUAAGGGAUGUUACAGCUACAGUAUCGUCAAUACCUCUGAUAUCAAGUUCUAUUAUCUCAAAGAAAGCUGCUGAAAACCCAUCAGCCCUUGUGCUGGAUGUAAAAGUUGGCAAAGCAGCCUUUGCAACCACGGAGGAGAGAGCUCAGGCUCUUGCUCAGACCAUGGUUGGUAUAUGCGUUGGUUUAGGCAUCAAGGCAGUGGCCCUGAUCACCACCAUGGAUGCACCAUUGGGAAAAGCUAUAGGUAACAGUGUGGAGGUUGCAGAAGCCAUCAGCUGUCUGAAUGGAAGGGGCCCUGAAGAUUUGAAAGAACUUGUGAUUGAACAAGGUGGUUACAUACUUGAAGCUUUAAACAAAGCAGAAUCACAGAAAGCUGGUGCAAAACUCAUUGCAGAUGCACUGGAAAAUGGAAAAGCUCUUCAAAAAUUCUGUGACAUGCUGAAAGCACAGGGAGUCUCGCCAGAUUUGGCUAAAAAUCUCUGUACCCGAGAUGCAGAUCCCUUCAGUAUCUUACCCAUUGCUGCCAAAAGAUUUGACCUUCUUGUAGACAAGAGUGGAAUUGUGACUGUUAUUGAUGCUCUUGUCCUCGCAAAAGUGAGUCACAAGCUUGGUGCAGGGAGAAGUAAUGUGGCUGAUAAAGUUGAUCAUGGAGUUGGGUUUAUCCUCGAUGUGCGCGUAGGUCAAUUUGUUAGUAAGGAUGAUAGAUGGGUGACUGUGUACCACAAUGGUAACCUUUCUGAUUCUCAGAUUGCUGAAUUGAAAAGUGCCUUGGAGAUUAAUGAAAAUGGUGGCACUGCAGAUCAACCCAUAGCUUCAAGAAUUAUUGAUGUCAUUGACAGCAGAAGACGAAAUUCAAUUUUUGUUGGUCAGUGAAUUACAGAAAAUUUGUGGAGAAAAUCACCUAAAUUUUUUUAAACCAGGAUUCAUGAUACAAUUGUAUUUUAUUUUUACAUUUGCUAAAAUGAUAGUGGUGUAUGUACUUGUCACUUCAUGAAGGUUUGUGUAGGAAGGUUUAAUUUUGUUAUUCUGACUGGGAAGUUUUGCAUGAUGGCAAGACUUUCAUAAGAUUUUGAUUACUUUACCAUUUCCUCUAAAGAAA